ACGGGAAGCAAAAAAAAUAUCUUCGCUUCAGAACAAGGCAAAGUAGUUCGAAGGCUUCUGAAAGAUUUGGGGCAACAGAUUAAUGGGAAAUAGAAUUUGGAAUACUUCUUGUUUUCCCCUCCUCCCUUCAUUCGACUGGAUUGGCUGAGCAGCCUGGAAAAUGGUAAAUGAUCAUUUGGAUCAAUUACAGGCUUUUAGAUGUGUUGUCUGUCAUAAUUCAUGAUUCUGGUCUGGGAAAAAGACCAACAGUUUUCGUGCCAAAAAAGGGGCAGAGUUUGAUGGAGUUGGAUGUACUUUUAUAUGUCAUUUUCCCCCACACCUAGAGGAAGGCACUUUUGCAGACCUACUGAAGAGGGAAUCAUGUUUGACUGCAUGGAUGCCCUAGCAGUCAGCCCUGGUCAAAUGCUGGAUUUCUACACAGCAAGUCCAUCUUCCUGCAUGCUCCAGGAGAAGGCUCUGAAAGCCUGCUUCACUGGAUUGACACAAACAGAGUGGCAACACCGGCACAGUGCUCAAUUAAUUGAAACUCAGAGCACCAGUUCUGAGGAGCUUGUUCCCAGUCCACCUUCCCCGCUUCCUCCCCCUCGUGUUUACAAGCCCUGUUUUGUUUGUCAGGACAAAUCGUCUGGAUAUCACUAUGGUGUCAGUGCUUGUGAGGGGUGUAAGGGCUUUUUCCGCAGGAGCAUUCAAAAGAACAUGGUUUAUACAUGUCACCGAGAUAAGAACUGUGUUAUUAAUAAAGUCACUAGGAAUCGCUGCCAAUACUGCAGACUACAGAAGUGCUUUGAAGUGGGAAUGUCCAAAGAAUCUGUCAGAAAUGACAGGAACAAAAAGAAAAAGGAGACUUUAAAGCAAGAGCUCUUGGAGAAUUAUGAAAUGACAGCAGAACUGGAUGAUCUCACUGAGAAAAUCAGAAAAUCUCACCAGGAAACAUUCCCUUCACUCUGCCAGCUAGGCAAAUAUACAACGAACUCUAGUGCGGAUCAUAGAGUUCGUCUGGACCUUGGGCUCUGGGACAAAUUCAGUGAACUUGCAACAAAGUGCAUUAUUAAAAUAGUGGAAUUUGCUAAACAAUUGCCUGGUUUCACAAGUUUGAGAAUUGCAGACCAGAUCACACUACUUAAGGCUGCUUGCUUGGACAUUUUGAUUCUCCGCAUUUGCACAAGAUAUACUCCUGAACAAGACACAAUGACAUUUUCUGAUGGCCUUACGCUAAACCGAACUCAGAUGCAUAAUGCUGGAUUUGGUCCCCUGACAGAUCUUGUGUUCACAUUUGCCAAUCAGCUUCUGCCAUUGGAAAUGGAUGACACUGAAACUGGCCUGCUUAGUGCCAUCUGCUUAAUUUGUGGAGAUCGCCAGGACCUUGAAGAACCAGCAAAAGUAGAUGAACUACAGGAGCCAUUAUUAGAAGCUCUCAAAAUAUACAUCCGAAAAAGAAGACCCAACAAACCUCACAUGUUUCCAAAGAUCUUAAUGAAAAUCACAGAUCUACGCAGUAUCAGUGCAAAAGGUGCUGAACGUGUUAUUACACUGAAAAUGGAAAUCCCUGGAUCUAUGCCACCUCUUAUCCAGGAAAUGUUGGAGAACUCAGAAGGACAUGAACCAUUGACACCAAGCUCAACAGUGACAACAGCAGAGCACAGUCCAAGUAUUUCCCCAAGCUUGGUAGAUAAUAGCAGUGUCAGUCAGUCUCCUUUGGUGCAGUAAUAAAUUUUCUCUAGUGAAAUUCCUAACUUCUAUGUACAAGGAUGACAUGGCAUAUUCUCUCUACGGCUGCUUAUUUUUCUGGAAUUUUACAGACACUACAAUCCAAAAGGACCAAGAAUUGUUUAUAUGUAUCUAUAUUGUGAAGAUAUGGGUAUGUUUAUACACAUAAAGAAUAAUAAUGUGCAGCUUAAUUUGAAACAUAAAUGUUCAGUACACUAAAAUUACAAUCAUGUUUAUGUGGGUGUGCGCAUACGCAUACGUGCACACGCACACACAUGCACACACACACACGGAGUAAAUUCUAUUAUUUCUCUACAUUUGUAGGACUGUGCUCUGAAUCUCUGAUUUCAUGAAAUAAACAAACUGAUAUGUUGCUAUUGCUUCUUUUGAAUGGCCACAAUUGCAAGUGACAAGAUUGAUCUUGAGGAGGUUUAAAAUUUGUGGUUAUACCAUUUCUGAUGACUUUGUACAUAUAAAAUAUAUGAAUAUGUACUUUCUAUCCUGGAUGUUCGAUGCUUUCCCUUUUUAAAUGUGUACAUGAAAUGCCCCAAACUUCCCUUAGAAAUGGAUAACAUAUUUGUCUGGAUAAAAAACGUUUUAAAAGACACAGUC